AUGACAAGGUCUCGAGGAAAUAAUGGAUCACGCUUAAGAGACGAUGAUGUCGAAGCAGAUGGUGAAAGCGAUCCAGAAGGAUCAUAUGUUUGGAAGGAUAGGAAAUUUCAAAUUCUGCUUGAACUCAUUAUUGGGGAGUUAAAAGCAAAUGGUUACUCUAGUAGAAUGCCUAAUGUUGCUGGUAAAAAAAGAGUUGAAAACAAAUUGCUUGAGUUGACUGGAGACAAGAACGUCUUUUGGGAUAUUGAGAUAAAGAACAAGAUGGCUUACUUGCGUAAACUUUGGCAAACAAAUAAUCAGUUGAUGAACUGUACUGGUGUUGUGGUUGAUCCGUCUAGUGGACAGAUAGUGAUGCCUUCGUCUUGGUGGACAGAUCGGAUUGUGAAGCCGUUGCCAUUCAAAGAUUUAUUGGAUCAAAUAUAUGGUGAACAUGAUGUUGAGCAAGAUGAACCACACCUGAAAGAGACACAUUCCCAAACACAAGAAGGCAAUCGAGAAGGUACACAACAAGUUUUAGAUGUGAGAAACUUGUCUGCAUCUAAUGAUGAAGUACCCAAACAAGCAAAACGGAGAACAUCUAGCAGCUGUCCUCCAAGAAGAAAAGCUAACUUUGAAGCGCAAAUCGAGAAUAGCCGUAAGGAUUUGUUAGAAGAAUUACGCUCACGCAAAAUUCAAAAACUAUCAUAUGGUGAUGCAACAGCUAUCUUGGAAAAAUUGCAGAUUGAACAACUUGGAACAUUCUGGUGGGCAGCAAACAAGUUACUGAAGAAUGAUGGUGACAUUCGUGAAGAUUUUAUUAAGUUUGAAAGUGAAGAAAUCAAGAUUAAGUAUCUGGAGGCGUUGACUGGAGUAGACAGAUUUGGAAAUCAAUGCAACAACGUGGAUUUGGCACUCACAAGCAACACUAUGGAAAAUAGUCAACAAAUAGGUUUUGGUUACUCCCAAAAUUUUGAUGAUAGUCCAACAAGAUUUACAGCUAGAGGGAAAAAUUUUACGACUCUGCUUGGCAUGGACCCUUCUAAAUUAAGGGAACCAUGA